AACUGUCAAAAACACCAGAAGAAGAGUAAGCUGGACCACUUAAGGGCGCCAAACUCUAAAAAUAUGUAAAUCUUUAUACUUCAUAUCUCUAUACUCGUUAGGUUUAACAUAUACAAACCAUAUGCUGUUUAUGUUUAAUGUUCGCUUUUUACCUCCUGAUUGAGAGCUUGACCAUCUCUGUGGAUGCUGACAACUCAGAACCAUGCCUCUGUCAACUCAGUCCCAAGCAGACAUUGACCAGUACAUUCUGAUAGCCAGUUUGGAUAACGCAAGGAAUCUGUCCAACAUCCUGAAAGCCAUCUCUUUCAGGGACCAUGCUAUCUUCAAUGCAACACAGAAUGGGUUAAAAGUCACUGUUGAGGACUCCAAAUGCCUUCAAGCCAAUGCAUUCAUUCAGGCUGACAUCUUUCAAGAGUACAUAAUCAAAGAGGACGCGGUUGGCUUUCAGGUUAAUUUAACUGUUCUUCUGGACUGCCUCACCAUCUUUGGGGGAAGCACAGUCCCAGGUGUGUGCACCGCCUUGAGAAUGUGCUACAAUGGCUACGGAUAUCCGCUGACUUUGUUCCUGGAGGAAGGUGGUGUGGUCACCGUAUGCAAGAUUAAUACACAGGAGUCGGAGGAGCCCAUAGACUUUGACUUUUGCAGCACAAAUGUAACCAACAAGGUGAUUCUGCAGUCAGACAGUCUUAAAGAGGCUUUCUCUGAGCUUGACAUGACCAGUGAAGUUCUGCAGAUUACUAUGUCACCAAGCCAUCCUUACUUCAGAUUAUCCACAUUUGGGAAUUCUGGAAACGCUCAUUAUGAUUACCCCAAAGACUCAGACAUGAUGGAGCUGUUCCAGUGUACUAAAAUACAGACCAACAGGUAUAAGAUGUCCCUGUUGAAACCCUCUACAAAGGCCUUGGCUCUGUCCUGUAAAGUCUCGACCAAGACCAGUGGAUCAUUUGAUAAGGGAGAGCAACUUGAUCCAGCUGGAGCUACAUCACUCACAUCAGAUAAACAAGCUAGCGCUGACCCGCUGUCUGAUGUCUUGACCUACCAGUGAAUCAAGGGGUGUCAGGUUCUGGGUUUUGUAAACACAAACUUAGCAAUGACCUAACUGUUGUGACACUCCAACAAUUGGCAACAAGAGAGCCCAUGGGAGAUGAAGAGAAGGUGCGCAGCUUUCAGCACGGCCUCACAAGG